AUGAUGAGCUUCUACGAACAUCCCUGUGGCACGGUCUCGACCAUCGCCCAUAUAAUCCAAUGUGUCAGUUCGAUCAUCGUUCUCGGAAUCACAGCCUGGGCAGUCCAGGACACCAAGACGUUGGCUGUGAUUUUUCCCUUGGUUAUUUCUGUAUUAACCCCUGUCCUCUGCGCCAUAACACUGAGCACAAGCUGCAUUGCCAAUCGUCGUAGAUGGCAUGUCCUUCCCUUACUCACGUCCGACGCAAUAAUCUCAUACCUCUGGCUCACGUCAUUCAUCUUCCUCGCCCUGAAUUUCAACCACGUCAGUUGCAGCGUGCAUCGCUGGAACGGGGAGGUAGUCUGUAGUCGGAAGUAUGCUGCUGAGGCAUUCAGUUUCAUUGCAUUCUUUAUGUCGAUGGGGGCUGCUGUGUUUGAGGUGUUGUAUCUCUACUACCGGAAGGAAGAUACUUCGCAACAUAUGGAGCAGAGAGUUCCGGAGGAGAGGCUACAGGAGAAUCUGCAAACUGCCGGUGUGAUUCAUUGA